AUGAAAAAUGAAUUUAAUGAUGAUUAUUUGAGAUUGGAAGAUCAGUUGAAAGAGCAAGAGUAUAGGUUGGAAAACGUUAAAGGUAAUAAUAGUGAUAAUUUAUUCAUGAUAUGCAAAAUAGGCGGUAAUGCGAAGAAAGAGAACUAUAAAGAAAGCGUGACAGUGACAAAGUGCGACAUAACCAACAGAUCAAACUGUGAAGAAAUAAAAGCUGAUGAAAAAACAUCCGGUAAUGAAUAUGUUAAACGGACCGAAUAUUGA